CUCUACUACUACUACUACUACUACUACUACUACUACUACUAUUACUAUUCUUUCAUUUGUGGUUGCAGAAGAGGAAGAAGAAGAAGAAGAAGAAGAAGAAGAAGAGGAAGAAGAAGAGGAAGAAGAAAAUAGUUAAAGAAAAUUAGAGAUAGUUUUUAAAGAUAGACUAUUUUGUGACUAUGAGGAAUAAAUGGUUGACUAUCAGCUUCUCCAUUCACCUGCUGUGCGUGGGCGCCGGCGCGUAUGACCCCCGCUGUUUGUCACCUUACGGUCACUUCCCGAUUAAAAGUGACUGUAGGAAGUACCUGUCGUGUUGGGCUGGCCGUGGCUUCAGCCAGAGGUGUGGCUCCGGACAGGUGUUUAAUGAGGCUCUAAAAGUAUGUUCAGCUGGUUCCCACUGUCCAGGAAAUACGCAAGAGUUUCCACCAACACAACAAACUUUAAGGUUAAGAGAGGCACACCAAUAUGGCGGGUCUGGCGGGUGGCUUCAGGGGUUCCAAGAUGGCGGAUGGUAUGACGUCACAGCUCCCGCCACGGUGACUGGUCGAGGCGGCGGUGACGUCACGGAAGGGGCCUGCCGCCAUCUUGGAUUUGAAGGAGCCGAAGGUAGUGAGUUACGGCCGCGCAGCAUUACAACCUCUACAACCCUACCAUUGGCAACACUGUCCUGCGCGCCGUCUACACUUGGCAACACCGCUACCUGCCAGCUGACUCCGUGCUUAAACUGUCCAAUUAAAUCACCGCUUCUGUUUGUAAGGUGCCGAGACAAACCAACCACAAUUUGCCCUCAACCACCACCACCACCAUCGCCUCAGUUGGCCGGUAAAUGGAUAAACUAUCGUGACUAUUGCUACCUGAUAGUCGACCAUUUGAGGGCCAGCUAUCAGAGAGGCCAGACUAUCUGUAGAGACCUCGGGGCGUCUGGACUAGCUCGCCUUGAUAGUAAGAUUCACCAGCACUAUUUGUCCGGACUAUUGGGCGGGUCCCUCUCUCACGUGCAGUACUAUCUAGAUGCGAGUGACUAUUCCUUAAACUAUUUAGACGUCGACCAAUCUCACAAUGGUUCUUGUACGGUUUUGACUCGUCCCUGGUCUGCCAUUGGUCGACACGGGAGCCAAUCAGAAGACGUGAAUUAUUACUAUGUGAAGAAAGAGGAAAAUUGUUUGAAAAAAAAAGCUUUUAUUUGCGGUUAUCAGUCAGGUACUACUACUACUACUACUACUACUACUACUACUACUACUACUACUACUACCACUACUACUACUACCCCACUUAAGAUGUGCGCGUCAAGGGAGUACCGAUGUGUGGGCGCCCUCACGUGCCUCCCCCCCAGCUGUGUGACGGUCAAACUAACUGCUAUUUGGGUGACGAUGAGGUUAACUGCGAAAAAUAUUUAAAGGACUACCAUCACUUCCCGAACCGCACACCUGUCGCGGGCGUGGGCGCAGGCGCGUUAGGAAGGCACAUUCUUAACCAGGUGUGGCGUGUGCGUGCGAGCGUGUGCGCCAAACUGUGUUCUGAUGAUGACGAUUGUGCCUCCUUUAUCUACGAGAGAGAGAGGGAGAGGUGCCUCCUUACUACAUACAAACUGACUGACCACCAUCUUGACUACCACCACAGCAACCACUAUUACUACCACAAUCACCACUACCACCAACAUUGCUCGCUACCACAAUUCGUCUGCCACAACCAGAAGUGCAUUCUACCACAAUUCAAAUGCGAUGGAUUUGACAAUUGUGGUGAUGGGAGUGAUGAGGCGGAUUGUGGUAGUAGUGGUGGUGGUGGUGGUGGUGGUGAUGGUGGUUGGGAGGUAAUGUUGGUAGGGGGAGAACGUGACUACAGUGGAAAUGUUAUGAUUCGUAUCAACAACAACAACAACAACAACAACAACAACAACAACAACCAUGGCAGUAGUAGUAAUAGUAGUGAAUGGUCAUACAUUUGUGAUGACUACUUUGACUAUCAGGCGGCCGAUGUUGUGUGUCGAACUAUCGGUCUUAAAGGGGCCGUAAAAUUUACUAAGAAUAACUAUUUUGGCGAUAGUAAUAGUGCAUUACGUAGGUCAGAAUCCCGUUUUCUGUUGGAUGAUGUCAUGUGUACGGGGCAAGAAAAGCACAUACGAUUUUGUACACACAGAGGGCUUGGCGUACAUGACUGUGUACCCACGGAGAUCGCUGGAGUGGAGUGCGUGUCAGACUAUCAUCCUUGCAGCCACAAUGAGUUCUACUGCACUACUACUACUACUACUACUACUACUACUACUACUACUACUACUACUACUACUUGUAUAAAUAGAGAUAAAGUUUGUGAUGGUGUUCCUGACUGUCCUAACGGCAGUGACGAGGAGGUUACUAUCUGUCAGGACUACGCGGUUACAAGACUACUUCCGCCAACUACUACUACUACUACUACUACUACUACUACUACUACUACUAUUCCUUCUGUUGGUAUAUUGCAAGUGAAGAGGAAUAGUGUGUGGGGAACUAUCUGUGAUGAUAGUUUCGGUCCUGCAGAGGCUCAGGUGGCGUGUAGAAGCAUGGGCUAUGAAGGGGGGUGUCUAAGGCCUACCCUGGCGGCCAUCUUGGUAUUGGAGAUGGCGUGAUCCUAUUGGACGAGCCGAACUGCAAGGGCAGCGAAUUGUGGUUGGGGGAUUGUGGUAGCGUGUCGUGGGGCGUGAGUGACUGCAGCCAUGAUGAAGAUGUGGGCGUUCUCUGCUCGGGCGCGCUGGAAGUCCGCAUAGUACCAGACAACAGCAGCAGCAGCAGUCGUAGUAGUAGUAGUCGUAGUAGUAGUAGUAGUAGUAGUAGUAGUAGUAGUAGUAGUAGUGGUAUUCUUGAAGUCAAGAUGGCGGGCGUCUGGGGUCAUGUAUGUGGUGACGACUUUGACGACUAUGAUGCACAGGUUGCUUGUCGUAUGCUGGGAUACCAUGGUGACUCGUACUCCACCACCACAACUACCACAACUACCACAACUACCACAACUACCACCACUGGGCCCACGUGGUUGGCUAGUCUGGAUUGUGGUGGCGUGGAGGCGAGUCUGUCAGAAUGCAAGAUGGCGGAGAUUGUGGUAGAGAAUUGUGGUAGAGAGAAACAGGCCCGUCUAUCUUGUUCUAACUACAGGUCGGGCGAGGUCACCAGACGCCUACAGGCCGCGCUCCCAACACAGUGCGGGCGCGCGGGCACUCAGAAGCCAACCAGUUAUAUACAAAAUAACUUUGCUAAAAUAAUUGGAGGGCAUGAACAGAAGGAAGGCGAACACCCGUGGUUGGCAACACUGAUGCUUAGGGAGAGAGGCAAGGUGAAGCACAACUGUGGCGGCGUGAUAGUCAGUGAGGACUAUCUACUAUCGGCUGCCCACUGUUUCAAGAGCCAUUCUGCCAGUGACUAUCUGGUACGAGUCGGGGAACAUGACUUAAGUACAGCUUCUUCUGACGAACAGGAUUUUCAGAUAGACAAGUUAUAUACACACCCUAACUUCGAUGUGAACACUGAAUUUAAUAACGACAUCGCCAUCUUGAAAGUAGAAAGGAAAGGAGGAAGAGGCAUCAGGUUCAACUCACACGUGCAGCCUAUUUGUCUACCACUAUCUGACUACUACAACCACCACCACCACCACAAUUACCACAGUCGGGGCCUCAGGUGCGGUGUGGUAGGCUGGGGAACCUCCUCUGAACGCUCUUUGCCUAUUCCAAGUGACACCCCCCAGGGCGGCACCGUGACGCUGUACCCGCUGAACCGCUGCGUCAGUAGGUCAGCCUAUGACAGCAGGGAACUUACUAGUGGUAUGAUAUGUGCUGGUGACCUUGCUGGCAACAUUGACACGUGUACGGGGGAUAGUGGUGGCCCGCUGGUUUGUGAUAGUCCAGGUGGUUCGAAUAGUCAGCGUGGUAGUGUACUAUUAGGCAUUACUUCUUGGGGUAAAGGCUGCGGCAGAAGGAAUAGUCCGGGAAUUUAUACUAAGAUUUAUAAAUACUUAAGAUGGAUCAGUACUGUUAUAGCCUAGUGAGUUUUGCCUAAGUUACCCUUAAAAUUGUACGUUUUCUUUGAUGCAGUGUCCAUUUUCUUUAAGGAGUGACUCAAAGAAAAAGCAAAUUUGUGCGUACACUUCUAUAAACAUUCUCUCUCUCUCUCUCUACAUGAAACUAGAAAGGAAUUAUUAAUGAUGUAAUAGAAGACAGGACAAGAUGAACAUGGCGAGAUUCAAUAAGUAAUUCGCGCCACGGUGAAUCGAAAUACUGUACAGCGCCGGAUACGUGUGGAUAACUUAACCGGAUUCAGUUUUAUGAGACUAUCCGUGUGUGUGUGUGUGUGUGUGUGUGUGUGUUACUGUUAGUUCACCGUUGUUAGUAGUAGUAGUAGUAGUAGUAGUAGUAGUGGUUUGUAUACUUGUACUACUACUACUACUACUACUACGACUACGUGAAUUUUUGUAUUAAUAGUUUAAGAAUUGUUGCAAUAGUAGUAGUAAUUAUUGUUGAUAUUAUUAUUGUUAUUAUUACUAUUUUUUUUUCAUUGAAUAAAGUUUUUUUACUUGA